AUGGCAACUCCAAGUAAACCUAACGGCGUUUUUUUUCUUAAAAUAAACCCAGUUUAUAUCGGUCACCUGUCGCAAAGAACGGAAAAAAGAGAUUUAGAAGAAUUGUUCGAACGUUACGGAAAAGUAUUGAGCGUGGAUGUGAAACCAAUGGGAUAUGCUUUUGUCGAGUUUGAGGAUCCUCGUGAUGCCGAUGAUGCAGUGAAACAACUCAACGGAUACGAGUUGGAUGGUGCUCGAAUUGCAGUAGAGUGGUCUCGUCGGUCUGGCGGUCCGGGGAGUGGAUGCUUUCUGUGUGGCGGACAAGGUCAUUGGGCUAGGGAAUGUCCGGAAGCUCGGGAAAAAGGAAUGGACGUUAGAAGUGGACGAUGCUUUAGAUGUGGAGAAUUGGGCCAUUUAGCAAAAUAUUGCAGAGGUGGAAGUGAUUACGAUCGGAGGGCACCAUCUCCUCGUUACCGAGGUCGCUCUCCUUACUACGGGGGACGUAGUUAUUACGAUGAUUACGAUCGUUAUCGUCGAAUUUCCAGAUCUCCACCAGCAACUUACGGUGGUUCCGGCAGUGGAUCUUACAGCGGACCUCCAAGAAAUCGCUCGAGGAGCCCUCCUUAUAGAAGAAGUCCAAGUCCAUAUGGGUAUAACGAUUAUGGAAGAAGAAGUCCGAGUCCUUAUGGGCUCAUAGACUUUUUAAAGAAAAAUUGGGCAUCGAGUAGCUCACAAAUUUUUUUGCUCUUUUGUCUUUCCGGAUACUGGAUAAAUAUUCCAUUCUGGACCAACAUCUACACAGGCGCUCUAGAAGAUAUUAAGCAUAAAGGAACAGUCAAAAAAGGAGUUUCGUAA